AGGAGAGAAAGGGAAAAAAAAACCUCGAGGGGGAGAGUCCGGAAGAGGAAGCCCCUCCCCAGGACGACAGUUCUAACAUUGACCUGAGAGGAGAGGACAUGCCUUCAGCCUUCGGACACGCCUUUCCCGGACUCCGCAGGACCAUGUUCCACUUCCGAAGGCACUGGUGGACUCUGGUCACUCCCGCGUCGUGGGGUCCGCGCCAGGUAUGUGCAUCUUUUGCUACAGGUCCCAGACAAUAUGAUAGGACAUUCUAUGAGUUUCGUACUUAUACCAUACAACCAGCAAAGAUGAAUGAAUUCCUGGAAAACACUAAAAAGCAUAUUCACCUUCGUACGAAUUAUUCUGAACUAAUUGGAUAUUGGAGACAAGAAUUUGGAAAUGUGAUGAAUAAAGUCGUUCAUAUUUGGAAAUAUGAUGAUUUUGCUCAUCGAGCUAGAGUUCGGGAAGCCUUAGCCAAGGAUGAAGAAUGGCAAGAAAAAUAUAUUUCUCCAAACCUACCACUUAUGGUCCAACAAAAGAAUGAAAUAACUUAUCUAGUACCAUGGUGCAAAAUAGAAAAGCCUCCUAAAGAAGGGUUCUAUGAACUUGUUACCUUUCACAUGAAGCCUGGAGGACCGGCUCUGUGGGGUGAAGACUUUCAAAGAGCAGUGAAUACCCAUAUCCAAGUAGGCUAUUCAAAACUGAUUGGAGUUUUUCACACAGAAUAUGGAACACUGAAUAGAGUUCAUGUUCUUUGGUGGACUGAUACACCAGACAAUCGUGCAGCUGGAAGGCACAGAGCCCAUGAAGAUGCCCGAGUGGUAGCAGCUGUUCGGGAGAGUUGCAGCCACCUGGAAUCUCAGGAAAAUAUGCUUCUCAUUCCACUACCAUUUUCACCUCUAAAGUAAUUUUCUGCAGAAAUAUAAAGAUACUUCUGUCUGCAUUCUACCAACAGUUUCUAAUAAAAAAAAAAAAAAGUUCUUUACA